AUGUCGUUCCUCCCUGCAUCUAAGACCCAUGGCCUCAGGUCCAUUCAGGCGAUGAUGCUGCGGCAUGGGAGGAGGAGGGGGAGCAAGAGUCAACUGAGCCUGCAGGAGGAGCUCGACCUCUUCAGGACCACCAACAUCGACCAGCAGACAAGAAGUCGGUCUGAUCGUCCGAGGACAGCCUCUCUAGCUCUCCGGAAGUCCUCGAGGGAGUCAGUGAGCAAGGGAGCCAGUCCUGAUCUGUCGGGCCAUCAAGCAGCACCGUCGAAUCCUCCAUCAGGGUUUGACGACCUCAGCUUCCAGUACGAGACCGACGCUGUCCUUCCUCUCAAAGCUCCGUCUCGUCCGAGCUCACGGAGCGAGGAGGCGCUGAAGCGAGAAGAGGCGAGGUUGAAAAGGAUGCUGACGUCCGCCGACAGGAUCUACCCGAUACGACAUUCCUUCAAGAAACUUGGAAUACAGGACGUGGAAGAUGUCAGGAACCAGCAGGUCUCGUCAGAAGAGAUGGUCAAGCUCAUUCAGUCCGACAUCCACACUGGGAUCUGGUCAUGUUGCAGAAGCACCAAGAUCGAAGCUCCCGGUUGCAAGGUCAGCGAGCACUCCACCUCCAAGUUCUUGUGCUCCAAGUGCGGAGUCCUCUACGACACCCUCGACCUGAAAUCAGCGCCGGCAACCUGCAACUUUCAUCCGGGCUCGGUCUUCCGCUCCAAGGCUGGAGGAGUCUGGUGGAGUUGCUGCGGAGCCGUCGGGUUCGAGAACUCGCUGUAUCACUCAGCACCGGACUUACGCGCCAACGCGGGGUGGAAGUGGGGAUGUCGCGUUGAGAAGCAGCACUCUCCCCUACACUUGUUCGAUCCCCGCGUGGACGAGAAGAAGUACGUCCACUGCACCGUAGGAAAACCCAAGUGGAGCGAGCUGGACGGGCCGGACGUGGAUUGCGAGUACUUGUAUGCCAAUGUGGAGUGGCAGCGCUCGGAGAAGCAGAUCGAGUGCUGUCGGGUAGUGUCGAUGACCGUCAUCGGGCAGCCUCUGCUGCCUUGUAUUCUAGGAGUGCAGCUCCGUUACGAGAUGGUGGUGGACGGGGAGAUCGUAGAGGGAGAUCGUCGACUGGGCAAGCACGGGCACAUCCCCGAGACGGACUAUCUGAGAGCCAUCCGAGAGGAGACGUUCAUCUUCGAGGCGGAUGAGAGUCUGGUGGGGGUGGCAGGCAUGCAUGACGACAGCACCUUCACGUCCCUGUCGAUCAUCACCAGCCACGACCGCGAGUACGUCUUCUUUGAGGAGUGGAGAAAGAAGAACGACCAACAAACGUUCCGACAAAUGAAGGGGGAGAAGGAGUCUGACCUGCAGCGGAUGAGGAUCAUGGCGCCAGAGCGAGAGAUUGUGAUCGGACUUCAGUACGGCAUACAAGACAAGCUCAAAUGCAUCGGCCUCCUGACCAAGAAGACGCUGACGUCCUUGUCUUACCCGGCGAGGAGCGUCGUGAAGCGAUGCACGCUGUGCGGUGAGUUCUACCUAGCGGCAGACAGCGAGAUGAAGUUGCACGCGCACGACAAGACGAGUGAGAUCCUGACCAAGGACUACGUGAACCUCUCCCACCUCCUCGCCAAGUGGUCCCUCGAGUGUCGCUACCAUGUCGGCUUCUGGACCCCUCAGCGAAGAGUUCGGCCAGAACAGACGCUGAGACGUUGCGGAGCUGCAUGCGGGGCGAUGGGAUGCCAGAAGCGCUGCAACAGGUUCAUGCACAGGAGCAAGAUGGUGCACUCGUGCGGGGACAACCGCUGCAGCGAGACAUGCAGCGUGAGCUCCUGCAAGAGGCGCUGCUGCAUCAUGGAUCACUUCCAUGGCCUCAAAGACUCGACGGUCAUUCAUACUUGCGGAAAGCCUCACCCGUGUAAGUUCCUCUGCAUCUGCGGUGAGCCUUGCAUCCACGUGACCGAGCGAGGAGAGCCGACGCACGAGCUGCACUACUGCGGGUCGAAGGAGGGGUGCACCAAACCUUGUUUCGUGCAGGGGUGUGUGGAAAAGUGCUCGAGCUCCAACCACCAUCACGACCUGGAGGAGGACGCGGUUCACCACUGCGGCAACAAGCAUCCCUGCCAGGCCAGCUGCCGCUCACCCGGCUGCGACUCAACCUGUAUCGGUGACCGUGAGUUCGAACACGAGCACCACUGCGAGCAAGCGAGCGUGAGAGGCUGCAUGAGCAUCUGCAGCGUCAAGGACUGCAAGCUGAUCUGCGCCUCCUCGAAUCACUUCCAUAGCGAGGAGGAGGACUGCGUCCAUCUGUGCGGGCAGCCUCAUCCCUGCCUCGAGCAGUGCAGCGCCCCAGGAUGCAAGCUAACGUGCUCGCUCUCGAGAGAGAAGGAGCACGACGUUCACAAGUGCCUCAACGCCGACACCCUCGGGUGCUCGGAGAUCUGCAGCGUCCCGUUCUGUGCGCGUCAGUGCGAUAACGAGGAUCACUUCCAUGCCCACCAGCCCGGCGAGCCCUCCGAGCCCGCCUCACCGAUCAGCAGCCUGCACAAGUGCAACAUGUUCCACGAGUGCACGGGGGUCUGCACAGCCUUCGGCUGCAUGCUGACGUGCGUGCGAGAUCGCUCGCUCCCGCAUGCCUGCGUCUGCGACGAGAGCGACGGCUGCCGCCACCCCUGCAUGUUCUCGGCCUACAACCUCUGCUCCUCCUUCUGCGCGUCGUCAAACCACUUCCACGAGACCCCUCGGCACUUGUGCGAGAAUCAGCACCAGUGCGGAGCCCUGUGCGAGAAGGAGGAGCCCUGUGUGUGGGAGAUGUUUGAAGGCAGGACGAAGGCGAGGAGGAAGAAGUCUUGCUCCGUCAUGAUCCCUCCUGGUUGCACAACGCACGCUGGCCCGCAUGACUGCUGCGGUAAGCACGACAAGCCGGUGGCGACCCGAGGGAGAGAGGAGGAGCGAAGCGACAAGUGCGCUGAGCGAUGUGAGAAGCAGGGAUGCAGGAAAUUGUGCGCGUGCGGUCCGAAGCGCGGAGAUCAUCAUCUGCAGCACGAGGACGGGACUGAAGUUCACAUGUUUGCCGCAAAGUCUGCAACCUGCCGCACCAGCACAGCAUCCUCGAUAGCACCGAAGGCUGUGGGUGCUCUGCGACGCACAGGGAGCACCCGCUAG